AGUGGGCAUUAUAUAUAGCGGCUGGUUUUCCUGCUGCUGAGGUUCAAUGACAAGGCUCGAACUGCAGUGCAUUGCGGGGACGGGCAGGAUAAGAGGGUAUAAUAACCGGAUAGGACCGGGGAAGGAAGGAAAGAGACGGUGCCACUUGGAUUCAAAGACAUCAAACCUCGCCUUAAUUUAGAUUCAGAAUGGGGAAUAGAGACGACGAGUAUGAUUACUUGUUUAAAGUGGUGUUGAUAGGAGACUCCGGUGUGGGGAAGAGUAACCUGUUGUCUCGUUUCACCCGGAAUGAGUUUAACCUGGAGAGUAAGAGCACCAUUGGGGUGGAGUUUGCCACCCGCAGUAUCCAGGUGGAUGGGAAGACCGUGAAGGCUCAGAUCUGGGACACAGCUGGCCAGGAGAGAUACCGGGCUAUUACAUCAGCGUAUUACCGUGGGGCAGUGGGGGCCUUGUUGGUCUAUGACAUCGCCAAGCACCUGACCUAUGAAAACGUGGAGCGUUGGCUGAAGGAGCUGAGAGACCAUGCAGACAGCAACAUCGUCAUUAUGCUGGUCGGCAACAAGAGUGACCUGCGCCACCUCAGGGCCGUGCCCACCGAUGAGGCACGGACAUUCGCAGAGAAGAACGGUUUGUCUUUCCUGGAGACCUCAGCCCUGGAUUCUACUAACGUGGAGACAUCCUUCCAGACCAUUCUGACUGAAAUCUAUCGCAUUGUGUCUCAGAAACAGAUGUCGGACCGACGAGACAACGACAUGUCGCCUAGCAACAACGUGGUCAACAUCCAGGUGCAGCCGACGGAGAACAAACCAAAGAUGCAGUGUUGUCAGAGCAUCUAACAGCCUCACCAGUAGC